AUGCCCAAAUGCGACUACUGCGAUGUUUACCUCACGCACGACUCCAUGAGCGUGCGCAAGGCUCAUAACAGCGGCCGAAACCAUCUACGAAAUGUAGUCGAUUACUACGAACAAAUUGGCCACGAGAAGGCCCAGUCUGUCAUUGACUCAAUCACAUCUUCUUAUGCUGCCGAGGGCCAAGCCCACGCGAACCCUAUGCUUCCUCAGAAUCAGCCUGGCCACGGCUUUCCCCCGCCUCCCUUCGGCUUCCCAGGUGGUAUUCCUCCUCCAUUCCCCGGAAUGCCCGGCGCACCUCCUGGACAAUUUCCUCCACCUCCUGGCGGCGGUCGAGGUAUGCCUCCUAUGCCUCCAUUCCCAGGGGCCAAUGGCAUGGGCAUUCCUCCUAACGGUUUUCCUUUCCCUCCUCCUGGUGGCUUCCCAUUCCCUCCUCCAGGAGCUCCUGGCGCUCCCGGUGCCGCGUUCCCCGGUAUGCCCGGUAUGCCUCCGCCUGGUCAGGGUUUCCCUCCCGGUGGUAUUCCACCACCUGGAUUUGCCCCUCCUGGCGCAGGACCCCCUCCUGGACACGAGAAGCGAUAA